UUUUCUUUGGUACCACGCGGAGGAAGAGGAGCCUUCGUACGAAAUACACCCAUUAAAAGAAAUAACGAGUGAGGGCUACAUGUAUGUUGGUCGUUUUGAAUGUUUAAUGGAUGCGCACAUUGAGGACAUAGUGCAAAAUGCGGCUGACAACGCACAUGUUGAUUUUGUGCACGCUCCUUCACUGGGUCUUGCGAGAGCGGACCUGGAUGGCUUCUGGAAGAAAUUGAUUUCGUUCUUCGCCAACUUGACCCAAAAAACAUCCUGGGAACCUAAUGCAGACCAUCCUCACUUGUCGUGGGGUCGCACAGAAUUUCAGUUGGAACUUUUUAAAAAAAUUACCAUUCCAAACGGAGUUCAUCUAGCAAAAUUUGUUGGACCAGGCUACAUCGAGAUCACAACAUCAUUUUCAAAAGUCAAAAUAUACAUGCCGAUGUGCAUUACGCCAAUUGGGCCACUUACAGUUCGAUUGACCGGACGACUUUAUGCGCGACCAUUUCAAAUUCUCAUGGCACGACCCAUAUUGAGGGGAUACCGCAAUAGCUUUGAGCAAGACGCCCCGAUAUGGAACUAUGGAAAACCAAGAUUGCAACUGAACAUGAUGAAGGAGGAGGGAGCCCUAGUCAACUUCAGGCGAUGGUACAGUCAGUUCUACUCAAAAAACAGCCCCUGCUUGGACUGUAACCAAGGGAAAAUUUGAGAAUGAUUCAAAUAGUGCCCAACACAGUACGCAUUAAAAAAUGAUAUAGAUUCGGUUGGAUCCAAAAUAGAAGCAGGGUGUCUCAUGUGAUCCUAGAAUCUGACUUUCAAAAUGACGU